GCCCGUCCGUCCCAUGGGGAAUGUCAACAGGCAGGGGCUGCGCUGCUGAGAGUCAUGGCCUCCCAGGCCCACCGGCUCCUCUGCCUUCUGCUUGGGCUUCAGGGCUGUCUGGCUGCAGAUGGGGACCAGUGUGCCUCGAGUCCGUGCCAGAACGGGGGUUCCUGCGAGGACCAGUUCCAGUCCUAUAUCUGCUUCUGUCUCCUUGGCUUCGAAGGCCGGAACUGUGAGACAAACAAGGACGACCAGCUGAUCUGCAUAAAUGAGAAUGGCGGCUGUGAGCAGUACUGCAGCGACCACGCGGGCACCAGGCGCUCCUGUCGGUGCCACGAGGGAUACUCGCUGCUGGCAGAUGGCGUGUCCUGCAUGCCCACAGUUGAAUAUCCAUGUGGAAAAAUACCUAUUCUAGAAAAAAGAAAUGCCAGCAUCCCCCAAGGCCGAAUUGUGGGGGGCAGGGUGUGCCCCAAAGGAGAGUGUCCGUGGCAGGUACUGCUGGUGCAGAAUGGAGCUAUGUUUUGUGGGGGGACCCUGAUCGACACCAGCUGGGUGGUCUCCGCGGCUCACUGUUUUGACAAAAUCAAGAACUGGAGGAACAUAAGCGCAGUGCUGGGUGAGCACGACCUCAGUGAGCACGAUGGUGAUGAGCAGAGCCAGCGGGUGGCACAGGUCGUCAUCCCCAGCACGUAUGUCCGGGGCACCACCAAUCAUGACAUUGCGCUGCUCCGCCUGCACCAGCCUGUGGUCCUCACUGACCAUGUGGUGCCCCUCUGCCUGCCUGAGCGGACAUUCUCUGAGAUGACGCUGGCCUACGUGCGCUUCUCGUUGGUCAGCGGCUGGGGUCAGCUGCUGGACCGUGGCGCCAAGGCCCUGGAGCUUAUGGCCAUCAGCGUGCCUCGGCUGAUGACCCAGGACUGCCUGGAGCAGUCGGAGAAGACGAGAGGCUCCCCGAAUGUCACGGAGUACAUGUUCUGCGCCGGCUACCGGGAUGGCAGCAAGGACUCCUGUAAGGGGGACAGUGGAGGUCCACACGCAACCCGCUACCGGGGCACGUGGUACCUGACAGGCGUUGUCAGCUGGGGCCAGGGCUGCGCAGCUGUAGGCCAUUUUGGAGUGUACACCAGGGUCUCCCAGUACACCGAGUGGCUGCACAACCUCAUGCACUCAGAACCACACCCAGGCAUCCUCCGGCGAGCCCCAUUUCCCUAACCCAGCAGCCCUGCCCCACGGAGAGAAAGCUGGGGCUGUGUAGAGCUGUCCUGGCACCAAACCCCAUUGAUUCUUCGGCAGUUCAUGGGGUAGAGGAGGGCAUGGGAGGGAGGGAGGGGUGGGGAGACAGAGACAGAGACUGAGGGAGACAUUCUGAGGACAUGGAGAGACUCAAAGAGACUACUAAAGACACAGACGGGGCAUAGAAAGAUGAGAGGCAGAGGCAGACAGGCGCUAGUUGGAGAACGGGAGUGCUACGGCUGUCCUGGAGGCAGGCAGCCCAGCUAAACCUUGUCUCCCUUCAGCCAAGCCCACCUGCACGUGAUCUGCUGGCCUCAGGCUGCUGCUGUGCCUUCACUGCUGGAGACAGUAGAGGUGUGUACACACACAUACACACACCAGUGCACACACAGAGAAAUGUGCACACAGAUACAUGUGCACACGGAUGCAUGCAUAGAUAUACACACGAUGUGCACAGAUAUGCACACGCAGGUACACAGAUGCACGCACACAGAUCUACAUAUGCACACGCGCACACACCAAUGUGCACACAAAUGUACACAUGUGGAUGCACACACAUGCACACAGGUACACCGAUGCACACACAUACCGAUGCUGACUCCAUGUGUGCUGUCCCCUCUCUCACUUUUCUCGUUGUUAUGCAAACAUUUCAUCUUCAUUUCAGACAAUUCAGAAGCAUCACCAUGCAUGUUGUAAAAGCCCCAAACUCUUCCCCCAAAUGUAUUUCACCCUAAGCUGGGUGCCGCACUGCACAGGCUGUUCCCCACCUGUUUCCCACUUCACAAUAAACAGCUGCAUCUCCUCUGUUCGCCUGUGGGGCCUCCCACCCUCUGGGUUGUCCAUGAUUCAUUUUUGGGGCCCUGGUGCUCAUCCUCUUAGCCACUCUUUUCUUCAGAGUUUUCAGCAUCACUGAAAUGACUCUUCACACAGAAGCUGUUU